CGCUUUAAAGGGCGUAAUUCAUGGAUUGGAGAAGCGUUUCGGUCCCUCACCGAAAACGAGGGGCAGGUUACGACAGUUUUAGGCGCCUGCGUAGAAGUAAAACAUUAAUUUUGCGGUUAACGAUGGCCCCUGCAUUGCGGCUUUCUUACAUGUGAUUUCACUGUACGUGAUUUGUAGUGCGCGGAGAUUUGGAGACAGGUCACUGGGCCAGUAGCAACCUCCUGCCGGAUGCUGCCAGUAGCAACGCGUCAUCCGACCUGGCCUUCGCGACACCUCUGAGCUUGCGAGCCCCGGAAGAAGUUCCUGCAAGUUAGCCGCUUCCGCUCCUCCGGAGGGUGCAAUGGGAAAGAGCAAAGCGCCCCCGGAAGUGACGCAGCGGAGCUUCUACUUUUUUCCGGUUUACGACCUCGUGAGAAAUUUUGUUGAGACAUGAAGCUGCUUACCCACAAUUUCUUGAGCUCGCACGUGAAAGGGGUGGGACCCCGUGGAUUCCCCCUGCGCCUGCAGGCCUCUGAGGUCCGCAUCAUUCCUGUGGAGUUCAACCCUAAGUUCGUGGCGCGUAUGAUACCGAAGGUGGAGUGGGCGGCGCUUGUGGAGGCGGCCAAUACCUUGUCCCUGGGCGGGGUGCCCACAGAGCCGAUUCAGGGAUAUGAGCAAAAUGAGGAUUUUCUGAGGACUAUGCACCACAUACUGCUGGAGGUGGAGGUGAUGGAGGGCACCCUGCAGUGCCCAGAGUCGGGACGUGUGUUCCCCAUCACCCGCGGGAUCCCAAACAUGCUGCUGAGUGAUGAGCAAACCGAGACUUAAGGGUGCCGGCAUCAGGUUUUCACACUGCGACUGUGUGUAUCUUUAUUUAUAUUCCUGUCGUUGAUUUUGUAACCCCAACUUUGACCGAGUGACACACCACACAGUGUUCUUGAGCUCGAUAUAUUUUUUUUCUCAUUAAAGGUUCAAAACCAAAA